AUGAUCAAAGAUGGGACGCUCAAGGAGGACAACGCCCUUGACCUAAGCCAGUCCUUCACGGAACUUUGCGAAGCAUGUCGAAGAGGUGACAUGAAAACCUGUCAAGAGAAGAUUAUAGAGGGCGUUGAUAUUAAUGCGAGAGAUUCGUUUGAUUGCACGCCGCUGAUCCUUGCUAGCCUUUGCGGUCACUAUGAAGUGGUACGGCUUCUCCUUGACUCCGGUGCAUUGUGUGAGCGUGAUACUUUUCAGGGCGAAAGAUGUCUAUAUAAUGCGCUGAACGAUAGAAUACGAAAUUUACUCCUUCAAUAUGAUUAUUCGAAAUCCACUGAUCCCUUACAGCCGUUUGCAGCUCAUCUGGCCUCGUUAUUAUCACAAGAUCGCCCUUCAACUUCAGAUAUUGUAGUCACAGCAUUGGAUAAACAAUUUCAAUUACACAAAUUUGUAUUAUCUGCGCGCUCGCCGUCCUUUGCAAAGAGGCUAUUAUUUGCCCCUGCGGCCAAAUCGUGGAAGCUUCCACCUACAAUCCCCCCAGAAGCGUUUGACAUAGGUGUAAGGUAUCUGUACCUGGAUGAAGCGCCAUCGGAGUUGAGAUCUGGACCGGGAACUGGUUUCACCGAAGCAGAAAUUUUGGGUAGCGUUGAAAGAGUUGCUAAAUAUCUGGAACUUACUGGUCUCGUCGAGUCCAUUCUCGACAGGGGAGAUAGAAGGCUGGUCAGACAGCGACGAGCGGAGGCAACUUCAAAGGGACGUGACCAGAUGGAAUCGUGGUUUCGAGAAAAUGUUCUCAAGUGUAAACUUGUCAUUGAAACUGACAAGGUCAAUAAGUUGAAAGUGAAAAGGGACAAUAGGAUAUUUGCUGAUAUAUUACUUCGUGCGGAUGAACCUGUGGUCGAUGAGCUGCGACAGACCGAAAACAUGCAAAAACUAGAUGACCAUGACUCCGCAACCGACGACCAAAUUCCAGUGGGCCCAACACCACGGCUGUCGUCGCCUGCCCCGUCACUGCCGCCACAAAAGCCUCGCAAGUCAUCUAUUUUCCCCGCCCAUAAAGCGAUGCUUCUCCGCUCCGAUUUCUUCAGUGUGAUGUUUUCUUCCGCCUUUAGGGAAGCCCAAAUAACGGAGAAUUUACAAAUAAUACGCAUCGACUGUUCUCCUGAGGCGUUGGAAGUCGUCCUCAUCUAUUUAUACACAGACAGAGUCGAAUUCCCAUUACCGCUAGCUGUUGAAGUUCUUUAUGCGGCAGAUAUGCUUUGUAUUGAAAGGCUGAAGUCCAAAGCAGCGGUGUUGAUUAGCUCCCUUGGAAAUGGCAACAUGAAACCGAAACAGGCACAGAACGAGCACGAAAAAGCUACCAAACAGGCAGAUGCCGCUCAAAAAGGAAAUCAGCAGGAUGUAGAUGAUGAAGACCGCCUAGAAGAAUUCGCCGCUCGAUAUCUUGCUUACCGCCUUGAGUCGCACAUUGAUUUGCCGGAAUUUGCGGAACUGGUUGCCGAGUCAGCAGCCCGUAUCAAAGAGCGGCAGGAAACUGAUUCCAUCGAACUCGUGGACGAUAUUCGAUUCUAUCUCAGCGAGAGAUUCAGGUUGCGGUUCGAAGAUUCUGGCCUGGACCAAAUCAUGGACGAAACCCGCAAGGUGGCAAAGGGCGAUGGCGGUGAGGAUGGCAACCUAGUCGAAGCGAAUGCCCCUUCUAACAAUGAUGGCGAAACUGAUACUCCCCAUCCAGGACCGGGAGCUUCGAAAAUACGAGAAGGUGAAGCCAUUAAUGUCAGCGACCACAAACUUCCACCAGGAACUGGUUUGGCUUCUGACGAUCUGAGCCAUCCCUUCAGAACUCUGGACGGUCAUGUUGCAGGAGACGAGUUUGCGAGGGACGCUGCGGACUAUCAGAUUUUACUGGAUAAACUGGAUCGUCUCUUGGAGAAGCUUGGUUUGGAGGCAUAG